AUGUCUGGUCACGUCGACGCCCCUCCGGCCAAGGCAACCCGGACUACUACCUAUCCCAUGAACCCUCCAAUGACACUUCUCACAAAUCCUUCCCAGUCCUCCAACAACAAUUUUACCCAACUACAAAAGCUUCAAGCUCUUAAUGUGGAGCUAGAAAGCCAGAACCGUGAACUUCGUAGCAUCAUCCGAGACACAAUCAAGGAUAUAAGAGACGACCUAAAGACCGCACGAAGCCACGGCGCCAAGUUGCAAGGAGAAAUCGCCGCUAUAAAAAGACCACGACGGCGAACCACGCUGCGUAUGGAAGUGGAAGGGCUCCAAGGGAACAUUGAUGAGUUGGAGGGAGAGUUGAGGAAUGCCAGAGACGAAAUUACCCUUCUCCGUGGCAUUUCAGAGGCCGCCGAACGUGAUAGGGACCACUGGAAGUCCCUUUUCGAAGAGACGCAGAAGCGACACCACGUCGAACAGAUGGAUCAAUUAACUCCUCCUCUGAACUACAACGAGCAUGUGAACCAAACCAUUGAGCAGAAUAACAAUCAGUUAGCUCUCCAUCUCAGCAACGGCGAACAGAUGAACGAUGCCAUUCAGCAAAAUGACACCCAGCUGACGCUUCCUCCAAGUACUUCGAGUAUGGCCGACCAUUCCCAGGAAAAGAAGUUCAAUGGCUUAGAGUUCCCGCAAUCUAUCCCAUACCCACCAGAGGAGCCAAAGGCAGAAUCAAGCAGUGUAUCACAGCAUACUCCGGUUAUAGCACCAUACCAGUCGUCGGAGUCGACGAUCGGAAAUCUAUCACUGCCGGCCAACGAAUCUACCCCCGAUAGUUUCCCCGCUGAACCAAAUCCCUAUCUUGAGGGGCUCUCCUGGGAACCAGACCAUGGGGCUGAUUCAGAAAUCGACAUUGAUGCGCUUCUGGAGGAGUUUGGAUACAACCCCUCGGCCAACUAA